AUGCCGCCCGCUGAUACGACGGGGCAGCUGCCCCAACACCAAGCAGCCAUUACAGCAACAGUGGCCAUCAAUCCAGUUGAUGUCAAGUCACUGGACUACAGCCCGGCACCCGGGGCCAUCAUAGGUUUCGACUUUGCCGGUACCAUUGUAGCACUGGGUGUAGAUGCAGCCAAGGAAGGUCGUCUGGCCGUGGGUGAUCGCGUGGCCAAAGUAGUCUAUGGCAUGGACAGACUGCAGCCUGACGGUGGGGCCUUUGCCCAGUACGUCGGUGCACUGGCGGAUUUGGUGCUCAAGCUUCCAGACCACAUUAGCUUGGAAGACGCCACGGCUCUAGGACUAGCAACGGCAACCCUAUUCAAAGAGAUGGAGCUCCCAGGAGCCCUCGACAGACUCAGCGUCCCCGUCUCUGACCGCGGCAACUUUGUCCUUGUUGCAGGUGGUAGCACUGCUACAGGUACGCGCGCCAUCGAGCUACCGAAGACUCAACCUACCGACGCCGGUUUCCGCCCAAUCGCCACAUCCUCCCCGUCGAACUUUGAGCUCGUCAAGAAAUUCGGAGCUGAGGCGGUUUUCGACUACCACGACCCAGGCUGUGCAGACGCUAUUCGAGCCUACACCAACAACGAACUGGAUUAUGUGCUAGACUGCAUAGCUGAGGCGGAAACGACACAGCUGUGCUACGCAGCGAUUAGUCGUGCUAGUGGUCAAUAUGUUGCUGUGGAGCCGUUUCGUGAGUCGAUUGCCCAGAGCCGGAUCAACACUGUCAACGCAUCGUGGUUCAACGUCAUGACUGUCUGGGGUCGCAAGGUCGAACUUGGUGGCGAGUACGCAUGUGAAGCCUCUCUCGAGGAUCGGGAAUUCGGCGCUCGUUCUUUCGCGGCUGUACAGACAUUGCUUGAUCGUGGCUUUGUGACGACCCAUCCCAUCAAGAUCAUGUCUGGUGGCUGGGAAGGGGUUGUCGAGGGUGUAGCCAAUAUACGCAGCCAGCCGCCAUCUGGUUACAAAUAG